CCUUAUGUUUUCCGGUUUAGCUUCCGCUUCACGCCUCUGUGUUUAUGCAACACACUCAUAGCUGCACUGUUAAAGUGUUAUGAAACUGAGCCUGGCUGGUCACAGGUCAACAGAUGAGCUGCUGACUCAAACAUUUUCAAUGGAAACACACUGAAAGAUCCUGUGUGUGGAACCUCAGAAAUUUUCCAUCAUGCAGUUGGAGGCUCAGCUGCGACUAUGUCAGAGUUGUCUUUGGUGCUACAAUAGUUCACUGCGUCUGUUCUCUCAGAGCUAUACACAGAGAAAAGCUGUGAACUACUACGAUCUCCUGGGAAUCAAAUCUGAUGCCUCCUUGGAGGAAAUUAAAAAAGCCUUUUUUGACAAAUCUAAGAGGCUGCACCCAGACAGCGACCCAUCAAACCCGGCACUGCACGGCCAGUUUGUGGAGCUGAACGAGGCGUACCGGGUGCUGAGCAAAGAGCUGAGCAGGAAGGAGUAUGACCUCAAAAUCAGAUACAGAUACACCGGGGGCCAGACCUAUAGAUCUACCUCAAGUCACACAAUGUACAGAGCCAGAGACACCCAGGACAACAAUCAUUACUGGGAGCAGUUUGAUCAGUCUCAAGCUGCUGAGAUGACAUUAGAGGAGAAGCAGAGGAGGAGGAGGAGGAACUUCCGCCUGGUGGGCUACUGUGUCUUAACUAUGGUGUUGAGCCUAGGAGCCCAUGCUCUCUUCUUCCGAAAACUGGAGGACAUUCACUCUAACUUCAUGGAGGAGAAAGAUAGAGUCAUCACAAAAAUUUAUAAUGACUCCAAAGAGAGAGCCAAGAUCAACGGUUUCAAGAAACAGACAGAAAUCCUCCGGCAAAAACAUGCCGAGUUCAUGGAGAAAUACAAAAACAACAGCGGCGGAAAUGACAAGUAGGAGAGUCUCCAGCUGUGCUCUGUGAUGACGGAGAUUGAACUGUCAGCAGGUGUAAGGUGGCAGACUGAAUGUGGUACUAGCUUUAGGAUUUUAAACGUUUUUCUGGCCUGUUUGAACACAUUAAAAAACACCCAUGCUGAAGACACACAGGAACGUGGGUGCGAUGUGGGAGGUUUUUAUUUGGCCUCAAAGGUGUUAUUUCCCAACCAAGAUGCGCUGAGUUUGGACGGAGCCAUUUACUGAGUUGGCAGCAUCUUUGCAUCAGUUGGACUGUUGAAAAAAUGUUCUCAGACCUUUUCCACUAUUCGUCCAAAGGAGCCAUAAUGAACGGUCAAACCAAUAAGCUCACAGGAACAUGUUAUUUAUUGUCCUCAGCCUCGUGUCCUUGUUAGCGUUACACAGACAACAGUGAAUUAAUGGCACGUAACAGACGAUAUGUUAAUCAAGUCACAAUUGUAACGUUUCCUGGUGCUAAAAGUAACUGAAGUGAUCUGAAACUGAUUGAAUUGAUUGAUUAAAACCCUGUCUUGGGUUCCACACAAGGACACUGUUUAAUGUUCUCUCUGGUUUUAUGAGCCUCACUCUGUUGAGGCAGGAUGUUUUUAGCAUUAAUCUUUUUCCAGGUUGCGUGGUAGAAACGUGACGUGCUACUGGGCCGAUUUAAAAUUCACAUCUCUUGAGUUUUAGGACAUCAUUCGCUGUCCAGCUCCGCAUUUCUCUGCAAUUUCCAGCCAACCCAUAACGCAAUUAUACAUUUGUUUGAGACAGAAACUGUAAAUGAUCAAUAUCAUUACUUGAAAAGAGUGACACCCCGUCAUAAUGAUGAUAAAUGUCGAUAAUAUUGAGAUUAUGAAAAUGUGUAAAGUGAAUGGUGGGUGAAAGUUCACUGGUAAUUUCAACAUUUAUCAUUUUGCCUUUUAGUUUUUAGAUAUUAGAGGUUAUUGUUUCUCUGUUUCUAACUGCCUUAUCUGUUGCCUGGAGGGAUGUCAGUGAGAAAUGAUUAAAAGAUCCACUUUCUCUCAUCAA